AUGUUUAAAAGCUCACAAAACUAAUUCAGGCAUUAAAUUAAAAAUUUUACCUUAAGAAAUUUUAGACACAUACAAAAUCAAUAUUUAGGGUAGAUGGACUUCAAUUUUACAAUUUGA